CCGGGGCGAGGCGGAGUGGGAGGAAACGCGAGGUGCCCCCAGCGAGGCGGGCGCUUCCCCCGUCCGGAGGAUGGCGGCGCGGUGUGCCCAGGAGAGCAUCUAUAACCUCCUGCCCCGCCUGGAGGAGAAGCCUGUCAAACCUCCCAGGUAUAUAUCCACAUUUAGACCAUCUGUGAAAUGUGAAGUAGCCAAAAAUAAAGCUCAGUGGAAAACUAUGGGACCAGCAAAAGUGGCAGUGCCAUCUCCAAAAAACUUUCUGCAGAAACAUUCAAAGGAACCCAAGCUACCAGCAAGAAAAAAAGAACAGGAUAGUAAGAAAUUGCCUGCAUUAUCUGUGCCACGGAGGACAGAUCACCCAGUUAUGGGAAUUCAGAGCAAAAAGAAUUUUAUAAAUACAAAUGCAGUUGCUGCUAUCACAGGAUUGCCUAAAAAGCCUCAACCUAUUUAUGUUGAUAGAAGACAGGGAGAUAAAUAUCUGCUUGAAACUUCAGGACUUGUUCCAAAAUAUAUUAAAAAAAAGGAUUAUGGUGUUACACCAAAAUAUGUAACACAGAGAAAUGAAGAAAUGAAGAGAGCUCAGAAAGAAUAUGAGGCCAGUAUCUUGGAGCAUCUCAAGAAAAGAGCCAUGAAGCAGCUAUCUGAUGAGGAAAGGACAAAUCUUCUGCAGGGGCUGAAAAAGAACUGGGAGGAAGUGUACCGUGAAUUUCAGGGUCUUUCAGUAGAAAUGGACACCAUACCCAAGAAGAUACAUAAAGAAAAGCUGGAAUCACAGAUGAAACAACUGGAGCAUGACAUAGAAGUAAUUGAGAAGCACAAAGUUAUCUACAUUGCAAAUGAGUAAGGACUGUUUUCAGGUAUUGCCUCUUUCCUCUAUUUCUUUUUCUCUAUCCCUACACCUCCAAGAACCACCCCCCUAAAUUCUCAGAAGAAAUUGACGCCGCCAGCUAUUCAGAAGGAAAUAUUUAACUAAUAUAAGUCUGUAGCUUCUUAGAAAAGUUGUUACAUAUAGUUCUCGUGUAUAUUUCAGAAAACGUUUUAAAAUAAAAUUCUUAAUUAGCAUAUAAAACAUGAAUUUUAUCUAUUAUUCUUCGUAAUUUUUAUUAACUACUAAGCUUUCUAUAAACAUAAUACAAAAAGCAUAAAAAAUACUGUUUCUUAUGUUUAGAGCACUUCCUUCCUUGCAUAACCAAAACAAAGUGAAAUAAUUGGCUGCUGAAGACAGCUUGGUAAAUAUAACUUCAGGGAGGGAUGGCUUCUGGACUAGUUAUUAAAGAGCUGUUGUGCUUUACUUAAAAGCUUGAGCGCUUGUAUUUCUAAACAGCUUGGCUUCUCCAUAACAUUUUGUGUACUCAUUUUUGUUACUGAAAAUAAUUUUUGUAGUGGAAGCCCAUAAUAAUAUAGACUUCACGCAAUACAGAUACCACAUAUAGCUUGCUGUGUGCAUUUAUGUAUAAAUAAUUCUGUAAUAGUACAGUAAAUCUACAGCUAAAGUAGAAAAAUGUGUUUUAAUUGCCAUAUGUAUGUAAUUAAAGCAAUAUACCAGCACGUGACUCAAGACCUAGGCAGAAGUUAUAUCAGCACACUAUACUGCAAUUAUUUGCAUAAAAAGGAAACUUGUUUUUCUUUCCUACUGCUUAACCUUAGCUUCAGAACACGGCUUUUUCUGUAUGGUAUCAAUCAUUACCACCAGUAGCUGUUGUGACAUCAUAGUCAAAAGUAAAGAAGUUAAGUAAAAAAUGAAGUAAAAAAUUUCAGAUGAACCAUUAAAAGCCAGAUUUUCACGUACAUUAAGUUCCUUUCAAAAAUUUGUCAGGGAAUGGCUUUGAAGACUUCACAGUGAUUCUAGGCUGAAUUUCUUGUGCAUCUUAAACUUGUCUAUGACAUGCACUAGGAAAGCGUGGGUGAGCAGGAAUGUGUAUUUUGUUCUUUGUAACUUAUUGUCAAGCAAUCAUGUUUAUUUUUGAAAGAUGUAAGCUGGAAGAAAGCUGUGGUUUUGUAAAAUAUGAAUUUAAUUUACUGUUUACUCAAAAGAAUUACUUAUACUGUAUAUUUUAACAAAACCACGCCAAUUAUAAGCACUUAAUAACAUGUCACAUUAUCUCCUAGUGAAGUACAAGAUGCCUUUCUUAAGAAAUGCAAUAUAAUCAAACAUGGCUGUUUCUUGUGGCUUAAAAUAAAAAAGUAGAUUUGACUCCAAACCAGCAUGCAUUCCCGCUGCUUCACACUCAGCUUUUAGUGGUGUGCGGACCAUUUGGUUGAGUUAGGCUGACAAUCUGGAGUUGGUUCUUCCAUGUAUCAUCGGUGCUAACUUCACAGGAAUGCAAAGAAGGCGAUGGCCUAUCCCAAAAUUUGGGACAAGCAACUAGGCGACACUUUGAAAUGUUCACCAUUGACCAGUAAUACUGACUGGUCAUUAGUCAUAUUAGUAUAUUAUUGGGAAGUUAGGAAGUGGACGGGAAGGGAUGCAAAAAGUAUUUCUGCUGAGGGAGAGACUAAAGCCAGUGCACUUCUGUAGCUGAGUGGGCUGAAACUAGCGUCUUUGAACAGUACUGUGGGGUUUUUCUGGAUAAACCUCAUGCAGUGCUGUGCAGGUAGCUCUGCUGCCACAGGGGAUGUU